AUGAGUCGAAGGAACUCAUUACUUCCUGGAAAUAUCGGGAAAAAACCCGGAGACUAUCUGAAGAAGCGAGUAUCCCUGAAGGAUGGGACACUCACUAGUCCGUCCAUGCGUGUGUCCGGGUCCUUAGGGGACAUCAGGGAAGGAGACACUUACUAUCGGACAGUACAUAUCUAUCCCUCCCUGCCGGAUUCCCCAGAAGAGGUUACGGUUACCGUCUUUAAAAUUGGACGGGAGCCACGCACAGGAUCGUCCGCUGACAAAUUAGAGUCGAGACGUGGAUCGGUCCUCAGUGACCGGACCGGGUCCCCGGGGCCUGUAGAGUCGCCAUUAUACGGAGAGAGGGCUGCAUCUAUAGCGGCUAGUGCUGGUGGGGCAGACUCCAAAAGGCCCAAACUGGUCAUUUGGCCGGAAUGGAGUGAAGUCGAUGUCAAUGCAGAAAAAUGGGAUGUCGCCCACAAAGGUGGAGCCAAGGACAAGGGUAAAUCUCCUGUGGCCACACACCUGUACGAGGAUCCUGAUGGACGGAUUGACAUGCCACCGUCCCUCAAGACUCACUACUGGAAACGCCCUUGUGACUACAUAACAGAAAAGACACCAGUGGUAGUGGACCAGGACUGCCUGGGAGACUUUGAUCUCAUCAAAGCUAAUGAACAUCUUCACCACAGUGAGUUGAUGAGAUUCAUCAUUAGUCAGAUCACAUUUCUGUGGGAGACUAGUGCAGUUCAAAACCCUCCCCCGGAACAGGCUGACCCCUCAGUUCCGUAUGAAGAGAUUUCCCACUCCUGGCGGCCCUGGGAACACAUAUAUGCUGUCAAUAAGGUGGUGAAGGGGCCACACAUACCACCAUACAACUCGUAUGGCAAGUAUGCUGUGCGGCUGUACUGGAUGGGUGUGUGGAGAAAAAUCCUCAUUGAUGAUCAGAUACCUGUUGACGAGAACGAAAACCUCCUACUGCCUGCAACUACAAACCAACACGAACUCUGGCCAUUACUUCUCACAAAGGCCCUCAUCAAGGUGGCCUCUCUCGAUUACACUGGAGGCAGCCCUAGCAGUGAGUUUGGAGACUGCAGUAUCAUACAAUGUCUGACAGGCUGGAUACCAGAAUCCAUCCCCCUCCAGGGUUUCCUGGCCACACCCCUUCCUCCUCCCGUCAACCCUCUGGGGGCAGGCUGCGCCUCACCGUUAGUGUCCGCUAGCCAGGUGCUUGAUAAAUAUUUCCAGCUAAGCUCCACGCCACGCUCUGAGGAAGGGAGUACAACAGCUCCUAGGGUAAAGAGCUCAAAGUCCACCUCACAUGAUCUCAGGUAUGGACAUAUUCAUGAGGUAUGGGAGCUGUUGAAGGGCUCCCUGCCUGAGUGGAAACUUCCCCUCCAGGAGUGGGAGAAAGCCUUGCUGGAACAGCAGGAAGCUGAGAAAAAAGAGGAGUCCGCUCCAUCAGAAGCAGCAAAGGAUGACAAAUCGGAGAAAGAGUCUGCCAGUAAGGAGGGCAAGACAGAGAAAGCUGAUUCCAAAUCUGGCAAGGAUGGUGGCAAAGACAAGGGAAAGGAUGCAAAGGACAAAGACAAAGGAGGAAAGGAUAAAGACAAAGGUGGGAAAGACAAAGACAAGGGAGGAAAAGACAAGGAAAAGUCUACACUUGAUGAUGUACCUGUUCCAGAAAAGCCUGAAGUUGUAGUGUAUGCUACUUAUUUGAGCACCCCAAAAUUCCCAGUCAAAGUCUCUGUUCUUGGGGAAAUGGCUGAUGCCAGUGAGAAGCUGAGACAGAAUGGCCUUUCUCACCUGUACCCACACCCUGUGUGUAUCACCCAAACAAGGUCCUGCCCCCUGGAGCCCCCACCCCCUCCAGAGAAAAUACCAGCAUGGAAAUUAAUCAGACCCAAAAAGAAAAAGAAGACACCUUCAGAUGAACCAGUUUCCACACCGGAGCCACCCAAACCAAUCCAGUGUAUUGAGAUUACCUCAUCAUUCUUAAACUACAAAGUCAGUCCUGUACCUAUACCCACUGAGACGCAUCGGCCAAAUUCCUCAUUAGAGCGAGGAGGUACACGGUCACGACCCAAGUCUACAUCAAUAGAGGAGACUGAUGAGAAUGCUCCUGAUACAGUUAAAAUGGAGGGAGAAUUAGUGAAUGAACCACCACAGGCAGAGGAGACAGUAGAACAACCUGAGCCAGAAAAAGAAGUUAAGCCUGAAACAAAGCCGUCUAGUCCAGGGCCUCGUACCGGGAGACGCAAGUCUUCUGCAACCAAGAAAGAUACCAAAGAAAUACAAGAAGGAGGCAAAAUGGUCAGUCGUGAGUCUUCACCUAAGCUUCCCAGGAAAAGUGGCAGUGCUGAUAGAUCCACUAAGCCAGAACGAGGCAAGAGUGCAGGAAGGUCAGACUCCAGGUCAAGUAAGAAAGAAGAUGACAAGGAUAAACUCAAAGGAGCCUUACAGCAAGCUGACUCUGGAUUGGCACCUCCUCCUCCUCCAACAGAGCCAGAGGAACCAGUCCUGGAUGGAGAGGAGGGACAGGAACAGCCAAUCACUGAGGAUGGAAAGACAGAGGAGGAAGAGGCAAAACCAAAGAAAGUUUGGAUGGAUUUUGAGGAAUUCUGCAAGUGCUUCAAGACCCUGUACAUCUGCCACAAGCCUCAGACCUAUGUCUGUAAUCAGAAGUUCUCGGACCUGAAGAAAUUGGAAAAAAUAUACAAUAUACAGAGCGUCACCGCGUCCACAGCUCCCACCGGCAAGGGAGACAAGAAGUCGGCACCCAACACUGCUGGGGUAAAUACCUCCUCCUCCAAGACUGCUCAAACUCCUACCCAUAUGCAAGCACCUUCUCCCACAAACACCCUAAGUACUUCAGGAUCAGAUGACAAGUCACCUCACUACCUCUAUGUUGACAAUCUGAAGCCAACAGAGAUUGUAGUGAACUUUUCUUCGCUUUCACGAUGGCAUGACCCUCCACCAACACCUAUGGAGGAGAAGAAAUCUCACACGAGUGUUAAGGGAGGAAAGGGAGGGGACAAGGAUCCUGAGAAGGAACUUACAAACAUUACCAGUAGUAGUGUCAUGGAAGAGGACCUUGUGUAUCUGACAGAAGGUUCAGUGGUAGGAAUGGAAAACAAAGUGCCACCUGUAGUCCAUCCAGGUUCACUGAUUGCUGAACCAUACUCCUGGAAAAGUCUUGUUACUGGACAGCCCAUUCUCCGUCUACGAUCCACAGCUACCAGAGCUGCAGUACUCAACCUCCCAGCAGGGCGCCACGUUCUGCGGUUCCAGAUGACGGCCCCUUUGGGCCACCACGUUCACCUCUGCUCCACCACACCAUUUGUUUUUGGUGACGAGGAAACUGUGAUGGCUCAACUUACAAAGGAAAGCUGUAGGUUUGUGGACAACGCCACACAAGUAAUGAACAGUAUUGGCAAGUGUAUUGCAUAUUUCAACGAUCGUGAGGCCUUUAAGCAGGCCUGGGAGGAACUUGUCAAUUACCAUUGCCCAUACAGACAUGAUAAACUUAUGUCAAAGGCCAACCAUUUCAAGAUCUUCAAUGAUGCGUUAUAUAAUACCCUGAGAAAGUGUCUAUCAGAUAUUGCCAACCAGGACCUUGCCUUUGCCUGGAGAUCAUUUACCUUUGACGCUACUACCAAAAAUAUCCUUGGUUUACCGUCCAGCAGUAGGCCUGCAACUGGUAUGACAAGUCACAGAGGAUCUGCUAAACCUUCCAAAGACCAAGGCAAGGAGAAGGAUAAAGACAAGAAGCGCAUGUCAAUUUCUCAUGGAGUUACACAACAGGAGGUCAAACCACAAGAACCGUCCGUAGAGGGAGAGGCAGACAAAGUAGAAAACCCUUGGGCAAACAGGGAGCCUACUACUGAGGAGCAGAUAGCAGCCAUAAGGAUCCAGAAGGUUGGCAAAGGAUAUGUUGUACGCAAACUUCUCAAUGCCCGCACACCUGGGACGGAAGAAAACAGCCGAGCCAUGGAAGCACUACAGAAAUCCUGGGCCAUCCUGGAACAGAAUAUCGAACAAAAUGGUCUUUAUCUGUUUAGGUACAUGUUCAAACUGGACCCUGACAUUAUGUCAAAGUAUCCAUUCUACCAAGAUGAAUGGAACAAGAUCUCGUAUGCUGACUACACAGGGCAGUACCCAGACCAGCCAGCUAACAACUGGUUUGUGGUGUUCAGGGAGAUAUUCUAUGUACAAGAGGAGAUGCUGGUGGUACCCAAACUGUAUGUACCAAUCAACACAUGUAUGCUGAGAGUGAUUAACAAUGAUAAUGGGGAGGAGAUCCCCAAGGUUUUCCAGCGAGUCGCCCCCUACGUCUACAAGAAAAACAGGAAAGGCUACACAUUUGUGGCUGAAGCUAGGACUACAGAGAUGCCACUGGCUGCCAACAAGUGGCGGAUGCGUCUGAUUGGCUCAUUGAGUCCACUACCAGCGCCACAGAAGAAUGAGAAAAAUGAAGUUACAUGUAACUCAACAUUCCAUGUACGGGAACUCAAGGAUUACUACAUACCUAACCCUAAGGAUGUGAUAUUUAGGUAUGCUGUGAAGGUGAAUGAGGAUCACAUGCCUCCAAAUGUAACCAGUAUACAAGUGAAUACAUCAAAACAGGAUGUGUAUAUCAAGCUGGUUGUUCUGGACGAUGAAGUUGAGGUUGCCAGCACUACAGGCAAAGGUCAUGCUGUUAUCCCAGCCUUCAUCUUCCAAAAGGACAUUGACUUGAACUCCGAGGAUAAACGUCCAAGCUCCAGAGCAUCUAAUAAAGAUGGUAAAGUAAAGGGCAGCACAGGCAAGCUAAAGCGUACAGGGUCCGCCAAAAGUGUAGAUGGGCGUGGUUCGAGGGGAAGCAGGCAUUCUGAUGCAGGAGUGAGUGAUGGAGAAAUUGAUGAAAAAGACUUGAAGCCACAUAAAUACAUCAUCCAAGCAACAGUGAUGCGUAAUAGCUGGCCCCUCAGCGAGAGCAGCUGGAUUUUUGUACAGAUGCUCAAGGACAUAGAGAAGAAUGAGCUCAAAGUAAGCUUCAAACCACCUCCAAAUGAAGACAUUGCCAAUAAAGACAGGCCACCAUCUCCCCCCAAACAGGAGAAGGCUCCUGCGACAUCUAGUAGCUCCCAGAAGGGAGGGAAAGGUGGAAAGACAGACAAGAAAGGAGGGAAGGACAAAGAUAAGGAUCAGAAGGGAUCAAGACCUCCAUCUCAAGCAUUUGACAUGACCAAGCCCCACUGGACACUACGAGUGGUCAGCGAUGCCAGCUCUUUUGAGGACAUUGAGGUGAAAAAGGACACAGAGCGUGCUGAUGAGAUACGAGCCAUGAAGAAAGCAUGGGAGAAUGCUGAGCCAGGCCGAGCUGCCAAGGCUCUCCAGUCUCGCCUCAAGUACCUAAACACUCACCUGAUCAAACUUCACCCAGACAAGGAUGAAGAAGAGGUGAAGGAAGGUGAAGAAAAACCCGAGUCAGAGGCAGAGAUCCCACCCCCUCAGACCCCUCUCUCUAUGCAUGAAGACAAGGAGGAGAUUCUCACCCUGGAGCCACCACCACCACCCACACCCAAAGAGAUCCUUCCUCCUUUGGAUAUCACUCCCUUCCUCAGGAAGGCGAAUGGAGAGCCACGAUACCUGGAUGAAGAUGAGAUCCAGCGGCGAGAGGAAGAGAACAAACGACAGGUGGAAGAGUACAAGGCCUUCAGGGAACAAGUGAAGAAUUGGAGGGAACAAGAUAAACUGAUGAGGAACAACAUCAAGAUCAAACAGCUGGAGCAGUGUGAGGACCUACAGGCCAUGUUGGACUCUGCCAGGGAAGGAAUAAAUAAACCUAGAGAGGCUUUCCGACAAAAGUUCCUUGAUGAAGAACGCAGGAAACAGGAAGCUGAGGCUGAGAAGGAGGCUGCAAUGGCAGCAGAGGUCACCUCAAAAUCACCAAAGGGUAGAAACAAGAGUGCAAAAGGAGCAAAAAGUCCAGGGGGUGGUAAAAAGAAGAAAUGA